GAAGAAAAGGCAGUUUGCUCUGACAUCUAAGAUAGAGAAGUACACGUUGACCGCGACUCACUGCGCAUCAGGAGCAAAAUGCAACGGGAAGAACAAGAAAAGUCUCAGCCUCUGACAUCAGAAGUGGGAUGGGCUCAGGCCCAGCGUGAUAGUGAAUGGCGAUCGCUGUUAGAAGCACAAAAUCUACGAUAUAUCGAAAUACUAAAAACAAUGCAGCAGCCUGCUUCAACAAAUUCAAGUGAAAAAUUGAUUAGAUUGCCAAAGUUCAAUCCAGACGUGGCUGAAGCUGACGCCAGCGCCUGGCGCAAAACAGCCGAUAUGAUUUUCACGGAGCAUCCCCUGGAGGGCAGUGCGCUAGUUAUGUCGCUGAGCGGAGCACUAGAAGGGAGCGCUUCCCAAUGGCUGGCACAGAUCAGCUAUGCUGGCAUAACCUGGCCCAAAUUCCAAGAACUAUUUGUUCUUCGCUACGACAACUCCGAGACGCCGGCCGCCAUCUUGUUAAAUAUUCGCAACGGACGGCCGAAAACAGGCGAGUGCUUGUCAGCAUAUGGUAGCCGAUUAGUGACGUCUCUUCUGACGAAAUGGAAGGCGAUGGACAUCGAGGAGAUAGCUGUCUCUUUCGUACUUGCACACACGUCGCAAAUCGACACUAGACUGCAGCGUCUACUGUUUACAACCAAUAUAACUAACAGAAAUGAACUGCAGCAGCAGUUGAAGGCGUAUGCAUACAGGAAGCAAAGUGAGCAUCUGGCUUCAAAGGAUUCGAUUGGCCCCCAAAGGAAGAGAUUCAAGGCAAACACAUCAAUGAAGUGCCAUUACUGUGGAAUUUCCGGACACAAAAUGCUGGAAUGCCGUAAGAGGAAGGCAGAACAAUCAAAACCAAGUCAAUCGUUUGGAAAACCACUGGCGGGACGAGACAGGACUUGAGUGACUUGCUUUAAAUGUGGAAUCGU